AUGAUCGCUGCUCGGCAGAUUUCGAAGCCGAUUGCCGACGCAGUGAUCAAAUAUGGGAAAGAGCAUCCCCUGUUUAGAAAUAAGUUGCUUAUUCCUAUUGGUAAAGGGCUCGUCCGAUUCACCGCAAGAUUGCGAAUGAAACGCUUGGGUCUUGGCGAACCCGUUGCUCAUGCACCAAUUUCAGAAGCUGCUGCUCUCGAGCAGGCUUCUGAUUUUGUUCAACAAAUCGUCCUAUUUUCGUACUCUGUUAGUGUGUUUGCCGGUUAUUAUUUCUACACAAAAUAUACGACACCGGAGACAUUGAAGGCAGAAGAGUUCGAAAAGUACAAAGAGCAACAGGAGCAGAUUAUAAAGGGAUUGAGAUUUCAACUGGAAACUCUGGAGCAACGACUCAAUGCUCAAUCCAAGCGGUCCUUCCUUGCGCAAAUAGGAGUUGUGAAGGACAGCGAGAAGACGAGUCCAGCAUCAGCAACUCCUCCAACUCCUCCAACUGCUCCAUCGAAUUCAGCUUCUGCGCCUUCAGAAGAGAAAUCUGAAAACAAGUCGAGUUGGAGAAGCCGAUUCCAGCGGGUGUCCUCACUGCCGAUUGAUUCAGCGGCGAGUCUGAUUCUUGAUGAUGAGGAGUAUCUGAUAGUUCGACGCGGCUCGUCCAUUGGAAUUGAGCUCUCAUCGAAAUGGGCGGAGCGUGGAGAAAAGCUUCGUUAUCGAUUGCCGGAGGGAAAACCGAGAAUAUCGAGAAUCGAUGGAUUUAUUGAUGAGGCCGCCUAUCGUAUCACUGGUGGCGGUGUUUUGUAG